AUGGCUUCUAAAAAGCAAAUCAAAACAUCUAUUGUUUCUAAUGAACAAGCCAUCCCCAUCAACAACUUGAAGCCAGUGCACACCGCUAAGAUGGUUCAUGCGAAGGUUCUACAUUCUUGGAAACAAAACAUUCAACUAGGGGGGGAAACCAUGGAAUUCGUUUUGGCUGAUGAGAAUGGGCAUAAAAUUCAUGCAACCUGCAAAAAAACUUACAUUGAGAGUAAAGGAAGCCUUCUUCCGGUUGGAGCAUGGCGCUACAUCCGAAACUUCCAUGUUAGGCCUGCAGGAGGAGCUUAUCGCACAACAAACCAUGCCUACAAGAUUGUUUUUAAUCCAAAUACAAAUGUUACUCGGUCAAAUUUCAUGAAUGACGAGUUGUAUCUUAAUUUGGUCGAUUUCCAGUUAAUUUUAUCUGGCACACUUGAUGACAAGCUCUUAAUUGAUGAGCUUGGCCAAGUGUUGGAUUGUGGUGAUGUCGAAACCAUUCAGUGUUCUGGGGGUAACCAGCGUAAAAAACUGGAAUUCAUCCUAAGAGACAUCAAUGAUUCAAGAAUACCAUGCUGCAUUUGGGGAAACUUAACCGAUAUUCUCCAUUCUGCCUGCAACCAAGACGAUGGAAUGGUUACAUUGCUUUUGAGGUUUGCUAAACUUGGAAAGUUUAGAGGAGAACUACAAAUCUCUAAUUCCUUUGAUGCCUCUCGAAUGAUCAUUAACCCGGCAAUACCAGAGGCUGAAGCAUUUAAAGAUAUCGACAAUGGGGAUGACACAACUCUAAUUACAUUUGAAAGUAAUGAGGAGAGUCAAGAGGACAACAACAAGCAAGUAAAUCAUCCAGGCAAGCGAGGACAGCGUGAUAAGUGGUUGAUAUUCCCCACUAAGACCAUCCAAGAAAUGGUAGCGUCAACUCAAGUUGAUAAAUGUUUAGUCACUUGCAUAGUCUAUGCAAUUGAUAUGGAUUGGUCCUGGUAUUACUUUGGUUGUGAUGCAUGCCAAAAAAGGGUGAUCAAAACCGGAACCAACAUUAAGAUAGUAAAAGGAACUGAAAUAACCACUCAUAUUUGGUGGUGUGAGACAUGCAACGACACUGUGUUCAAAGUUUCACCAAGGUUUUGGCUUCACUUGAUGGUCAAAGAUGAUACCGGUGUGUCAAAAAUAAUGAUUCUGGACAAGGUGGCUAAUGGGAUUGUUCCUGAAUCUCCUCUCAAAUUGUUGAAUGGAAGCUGGGAUGAGCUUGAAGACCCAAGCUUAAUACCAGAUGCUAUUACUGAUUUGAUUGGAAAAAGUUUCACAUUUGGAGUCUAUGUUGAGAAGGAUAAUGUAUCUUAUGGUGCUGAGAUAUUCAAAGUUGGAAAAGUCUACAAAGACAGAAUGAUUUGCUUAACUGGUGGAAUCACAUCCAGUCACUCUGAAAAGCCGUUGACAAUUACAAGUGGUGAUGAGGGUUCAGUUUAUUUCACUGAUAGUCAAGAACUUAACGACUCCGUGACCACACCAUCCAGUAAGAGAAAAGAAGAUGAUUCUAUUUCUCUGCCUGACAUCAGUUCAACAUCAAAGAAACCAUGCUUAAUGACAGUAAAAAUUGAGAAGGCGGAAGAAGCUGCUAAGAAACUUGGCUAA